CUUUCUUGAGAUUUAGCAUUUCUCUUUACUAAAUUAUGUGCUAGGUCUCUAAACCCAUUUAAUUGUGGAAUGGGACAGAGUACUUAAUAAUUGAAAUGAUAACUUAUAUCUACUGUGAAAUUAUUCUUUUGGGAAUUUUAUCUUUUUUAAUUUGGCAGAGUUACAGGAGUGGUUCCAUUUGCCUAUGGGUACUGCAGGGGAACAUAGUUAUUCCCAACUUCGCAGGUCCAAGUUUUGUCCUAUACAUGAAAUUCCCUGGUAUGUCCUCCAAUAGACAUUCUUCAAGAAUGUAAUCUCACCAUUUUAUUGUUGUGUCUCAAUCUUUUGUUUUACAUUUAUUUUUUCCCUUCUAGUUGAAUGAGAACAGUUGUUUACUGAAAGCUUUUUCUUUUCCUUAACUUCCCUUUCCUCUAUUAAGAAUUCCUUUCACUUGCUGAAGAGAUUGACAGUUACAGAAACUGAUUAUGGUUAAAAUUCUUAAAUCAGAAUUUUCCUUGAGGGUGUUUUUGGAGAGGAAAGCAACACUGCAAAGGGAAAGAAUCUAUUAUAAAGUUAAUAUGUUUUGUUGAGAACAAUUGUGAUUGAAAUUUCUUUCCAACGUUUCAAAAGUGAAAUAUUUAAUAUUUAAUUUUCAACUGGUUUGAGUUAAUGUAGGCUUUAAAAGUGAGAUUGCUGAGUAUUAGAGAAGAGGGGGAGAAAGCUGGGAAGGAUAAUGGGGGAAGCAUAUGCUCAAAGUAUAUUAUGUACAUAUGGAAAAAUGUCACAGUGAGACCUAUUAUUCUCUGUAAUACGUGCUAACAAAAAACCAAAAUUGCUUCUUUUUUUCUUGGCUGAUUGAUCAUAUUGCUAAAAUGAGUCCCCAAAGUGAAUUUCCAGAUGAAUUCUUUUGAAUCCAACCUUAGAUCUUUAGCAUUGUUAUUUAAUGAAGUGAAUGGCAAAUUAGAAGAAAAAAAUACAUAAUAUGUUCUAAUAUGGUUACAAUAGAAAUGUAUUAUAAUUCAUAGCAAUGACAUCAUAAAGCAUAGCUUUACAAUCAUGUAAAUUUUAGUUUGCCUCAGGUUCUUCUGAUAGCUUCUUCCUUCCUGCCAUCCCCAGUUUCUGUUCUUUUAUGUGGCUGGCUUUUGCAUCUGUCCUCUCAACUGAUAAUGAUGCCUCAAUUGCACUUAAGAAGGACCACCCCUCCCUAUUGGACGAAACCUUACUUUGGCUGUUAUGAAGGUGUUCUGUGUCUCUGGAAAUGAUUGUGAUUUUCAAAGCUACAUGAGCAAGUUGGAUUUUGAACCAUCAAUAAAGAUGCUGUGGUUUAUUAAUAUAUUCAAGGGUGCAUAGGAGGCAUGUCUGCUGAAACGCCUAUCAUACUGAAAAUCAACCCUCAGGAUCUGCAGGUCCAAACAUUUACUGUAGAGAAGCUACUGGAGCCUCUAAUAAUACAGGUUACCACACUUGUAAAUUGUCCCCAGAAUCCUUCCAACAGGAAAAAAGGACGUUCAAAAAGAGCCAGAGUCCUUCUAGCUUCUGUGGAGGAAGCAACUUGGAAUUUAUUAGACAAGGGAGAGAAGAUUGCUCAGGAAGCCACAGUUUUAAAAGAAGAGCUUACUUCUGCACUUGGGGAAGUUCAAAAAGAGAGUGAAGCUCUGAAAGUAUCAGCUGAGAGAUUUACAGAUGACCCUUGUUAUCUCCCAAAAAGGGAGGCUGUAGUUCAAGCCGCCCGUGCCUUGUUGGGUGCAGUUACCAGACUCCUUAUUCUCGCGGACAUGAUUGAUGUCAUGUGUCUGCUGCAGCGCAUGUCAUCUUUUCAAAGAACAUUUGAAUCUCUUAAGAAUGUUUCCAACAAAUCUGACCUCCAGAAAGCCUACCAGCAGCUUGGGAAGGAGCUAGAAAAUCUGGAUUAUUUAGCCUUCAAACGCCAGCAGGACUUAAAAUCUCCAAACCAGAGGGAUGAAAUUGCAGGGGCCCGGGCCGCACUGAAGGAGAACUCUCCUCUCUUGCAUUCAAUUUGUUCGGCUUGUUUGGAGCAUUCUGAUGUUGCUUCCCUCAAAGCCAGCAAGGACACAGUUUGUGAAGAAAUUCAGAAUGCCCUCAAUGUGAUUUCAAAUGCUUCCCAAGGCAUUCAGAAUAUGCCAACCCCAUCAGAACCUCAGGCAGCCACUCUGGGAAGUGCACUUGAUGAGCUGGAGAAUUUAAUUGUCCUGAACCCACUCAUGGUGACUGAAGAAGAAAUAAGACCAUCACUAGAAAAACGCCUUGAAGCCAUUAUCAGUAGGGCUGCUCUGUUGGCAGACUCCUCAUGCACAAGGGACUUCCACCGGGAGCGGAUCAUUGCAGAAUGCAAUGCCAUUCGCCAGGCUCUUCAGGACUUGCUUUCAGAGUACAUGAACAAUGCUGGAAAAAAAGAAAGAAACAAUACCUUGAAUAUUGCUAUAGACAACAUGUGCAAGAAAACACGAGAUCUUCGCAGACAGCUCCGCAAGGCUAUCAUUGAUCAUGUGUCAGACUCUUUCUUGGAUACAACAGUCCCACUUUUGGUUCUCAUUGAAGCAGCUAAGAAUGGCCGGGAAAAGGAAAUAAAAGAAUAUGCUGCAAUAUUUCAUGAACAUACCAGCAGGCUUGUAGAGGUGGCAAAUCUUGCUUGCUCCAUGUCUACAAAUGAAGAUGGAAGUAAAAUUGUCAGAACUGCAGCCAAUCACCUGGGAACACUGUGUCCACAGAUUAUUAAUUCUGCCCUUGCUUUGGCUGCAAGACCCAAAAGUCAAGUGGUGAAAAACACCAUGGAAAUGUACAAGCACACAUGGGAAAAUUACAUACAUGUUCUUACUGAAGCCGUGGAUGACAUUACAAGCAUUGAUGAUUUCCUUGCUGUAUCUGAAAGCCAUAUCCUGGAAGAUGUCAACAAGUGCAUCAUAGCUUUGAGAGACCAGGAUGCUGAGAAUUUAGACCGUUCUGCAGGUGCUAUCAGAGGGCGGGCAGCAAGAGUUGCUCACAUUGUCACAGGUGAAAUGGACAGUUACGAGCCAGGGGCUUACAUUGAAGGUGUAAUGAGAAAUGUUAACUUCCUUACAAGUACUGUAAUUCCUGAGUUUGUAACACAAGUGAAUGUUGCCUUGGAAGCCUUGAGCAAGAACUCAUUGAAUGUGUUUGAUGAUAAUCAAUUUGUGGACAUCUCAAAGAAGAUCUACGAUACAAUUCAUGACAUCAGAUGUUCAGUCAUGAUGAUUCGGACUCCAGAAGAACUAGAGGAUGUUUCUGAUCUUGAAGAGGAUCACGAGGUUCACAGCCACACCAGUGUUCAAACAGAAGGGAAAACUGACCGGGCUAAGAUGACUCAACUGCCUGAGGCAGAAAAGGAAAAGAUUGCUGAGCAAGUUGCUGAUUUCAAGAAAGUAAAGAGUAAGUUGGAUGCUGAGAUUGAGAUAUGGGAUGAUACAAGCAACGAUAUCAUUGUUCUCGCCAAGAAGAUGUGUAUGAUUAUGAUGGAAAUGACAGACUUCACAAGGGGCAAAGGACCACUAAAGCAUACAACUGAUGUGAUCUGUGCAGCUAAAAUGAUAUCAGAGUCAGGAUCAAGAAUGGAUGUUCUUGCUCGGCAGAUUGCUAACCAGUGUCCAGACCCAUCGUGCAAACAGGAUUUACUGGCUUAUCUGGAACAGAUCAAAUUCUACUCCCACCAACUGAAAAUCUGCAGUCAAGUUAAAGCUGAGAUCCAGAACCUGGGAGGAGAGCUCAUCAUGUCAGCUCUGGACAGUGUCACCUCCCUUAUCCAAGCGGCCAAAAAUUUGAUGAAUGCUGUGGUGCAGACAGUGAAAAUGUCUUACAUUGCCUCAACCAAGAUCAUCCGAAUCCAGAGCCUGGGUGGGCGAAGGCACCCAGUAGUGAUGUGGAGGAUGAAGGCUCCAGCAAAAAAGCCCUUGAUUAAAAGAGAGAAACCAGAAGAAACCUGUGCAGCUGUCAGACGCGGAUCAACAAAGAAAAAAAUCCAUCCAGUGCAAGUCAUGAGUGAAUUUAGAGGAAGACAGAUCUUCUGAAAGCAUUCUUCUACUCUAGUGAUUCUAUUACAAAAUCCUGGCUAACCACACUGCUUUAUUUUACAUUUUACUAGUCCUGUAACUUUACUAAGUUUCAGCAUUUAACUCACAAGUAACAUAGAACAUGAACGCUAAACCAGCGUAAGCGAUGUAUAUUUGGGAUCAUGUCAAUGCCAUUUCUGUAUAGCCAGCACAUACUAAUUAAUCAAUUCAUGCUUGUUUAGUGAAUGAAAACUUCAAGUGUCAUUUGGUUUGUCCUAUCACAGGGAAUAUCAUAUAAUCAUUUCAACAUGAACAUACAAAAGGCAAGUAAGUCCUACUUAUCUGUAAUAGUUCACCUACAUUCACUCCUUUCAUUGUAAAUUAAAACAUUGACAUAAGUUCUUGA